GAGACUGCAUGACGGUUGGUGCCUCCGGGCGGGUUCGGCAGCCCCCGAGGCAUGAAGGGACACACGGGGACUCUGCCGCGUGCAGCCCCCGCGGAGCCGCGCGGGAGCAGCAGCAAAUGGUACGUGAACAAUACACCACCACAACACAAGGCACCAGCCUAGAGAGGCCGGAGAACCAAUAUGUCUACAACAUUGGUAUUUAUGGCUGGAGAAAGCGUUGCCUCUACCUGUUUGUCCUCCUCCUGCUUAUCGUCCUAGUUGUGAAUUUUGCUUUGACAAUUUGGAUUCUUAAAGUGAUGUGGUUUUCUCCAACUGGGAUGGGACAUUUACAUGUUACAAAAGAAGGACUGCGACUGGAAGGAGAGUCAGAAUUCUUAUUCCCUUUGUAUGCCAAAGAAAUUCACUCUAGAGUG